UAGUCAAGUACACAACUGACAUAAAUACAUUGAGCACACAAUAAUAUAUUCAUAAAUACAUUCAAUACAAAAUACAAUUUUCUUGCUACUUUUUCCCUGCCAAAUUCUUUGUUUUUCGCUCAACUCUUUGUGAUUUUAGUGCCUGGCAUGGGUACUGCUGUAAGUUGCGACAUCAAACCCUACAAAGCCCAGCGAGUUGGACCCGUGACACGGAAUGGCUAUUUGAAUUUUUUGCGAGACUUUAAGACGCAGCACGUGGGCUUGUCGCCCAAAGAGAUGGUCCGCAAGGGCGCAAAGGCCUGGAACGCACUCGACUGCAAGGAGAAGGAUCGCUACCGUAGAAUGGGUCCACCAAGCAAUUGUAAAACUUUGGCUAAGUGCAAGCCCAAGCGACGCAAAACGCCAACAAAAUGAUCUUGCUGGCAGUCCAGACCCUCAAAAUGUGUGUUCCAUUAGUUAAAAUAAAAGAAUCAGAACGAGUCACGACAUACCACGAUCCAUCGGCGUAUUGGAAAGCACUUAAUAAGAGCUGAAGCUUCACUCUCCAAAGAUCAAUAUUCUGUUUGCCACUUUCAGUAAUUUUGGAAAGAUCUUUUGGAGCUGGAACGGAAGUUCUCGUCGGACACGGCUCUGUUCUCUCCGAACUUUGAAUAUGAACAAAUUAAUAAAUCAGAGCAAAGCUUU